AUGGGUCUGUCUGAAAGCAAAGCUGAUGAGAAGGAAGUGCAAAAACAAUCACCAGUGCCGGAACCGUCACCGGCGCCAGAGCCACCUCCAGCUCAGAAGCCACCGUCAGCGGAAGCAGAAGUCACAGCAAAAAAGGAUGCAGAGCAAGCUCUACAACAAGAGCCAUCGCCAGUGCAGAAGCCACCUCCAGCAGAGCAAGAAGAAGCUGCAUUAAAACAGCCUGAAGCUGCACCGCAAGUACCGCCCCCGGCUCAGAAGCCACCUUCGGCAGAGCAAGAAGAAGUAGCCGCAAAAAAGGCCCUAGAGCAAGCCCCUCCUCAAGAAGUGUUGCCGGCGCAGAAACCAUCAACGGAGCAGGAAGAAGCUGCUGCUAAAAUGAUAGCAAAGCGGGGUCCACCUCUGGAAAUACCUCGUAUAACACCACCUCUCGAAGUUCAAAAGCCUCCAUCAGCUCCACUGGAAUUGGGCGAAGGAAAGAAGGAAAUCACUGCAAAAACUGUUCUGCCAACACAGGAAAAGAAGGAGAUCGAAAAGACUCCGCACAAAGACGAGAUGAUAAAGAAGGAAUCAGAGCCUGUGAAAGAAAUGGCUACAGCGAUUCAAACAAAAGUGCCAGAGCCUCCAGUAACAAUGGUUCCUGUAAAGUUACCGGUAGUUCCACCGUCUGAAUUGAAAAAAGGUGAGUUGGCAGUAGCAGAGAAACCUUUUAAAGGAAAGGAGGAAGUGGAAAAGCCAGCUGAACAAGGCUUUCCUUCGAAGGAGGAAAAAAAGCCUUCUAUGCAUGAAAAGGAAGAAGGGAAGGCAACUCUUGAUAAGGAAAGGAAAUUAGCUGAGAAGGAAAAAGUGAAAGAACCUUUGAAGAAGUCGGCUGAGAAGGUUGCUCCAAGGAAAAAAGCGACACCAACCGUAGUCCCAAAAGCACCAGAAAAGCAAAUUGAUAAGAAGCAAGCUGAUAACAAAGGAAAAGAAAAGAAUGGAAAAACAAAAAAGGUCUCUGCAGAAAAGUUUACGCUUCCCAAGGAAAAGGAGACUCCUGAGAAAACAGCAGUACCUUCUAAGAAGGAGGAGAAAAAAGAUGCAGAUAAGAAGACAGCUGAUAAAGAAAAAACGAAGGGCAAGGGGAAAUCUUCCGACAAAAAGACGGAAGAGAAAAAGACAAUCUCAAAAGAAACUGCUUCUAAAGGAUCUAAGAGUUCAGGAACUGCGAAAACAAGUAGUACAAGCGAUUUUCCGCAGAAAGGUAAGAAGAACGACACGAAGAAGAGAAAGAAGAAGAAGUGA